UAGUGCUAAUGAACUAUCAAUUUUGAUUACUUCAAACUACUCACAGAGGAAAAUCAAGAAAAAUACAUGACUGUGACAGUGAUUAAAUUUUAGUUAUCGUUCCGUAGUUUAAGAAUAUGUUCGACAAAAUUGGUAAGAAGGAUGCCAAAAGUACUCAAGUUAACGGCAAUUUAAAAUCAGCGUUAAAAAAAAAUCUUCCGUGCCCUUGGGCCUGCGAACUGGUUCCAACUAAUGUGCCUAACGCUACAAAGGCUCAGACGGUUUUGCAUCCUCGAAAAGAUGUUUUUGUUCUAAAGAAAACAAUGAUGCGUUCAGGGCAUAUCACUGAUGGUAGCGAAGAUUGGACCGAAUGGUGACAGAAGGUGUAAAAUGGAGUUGGAGCUUGUAACACCCAAGGGCCCUGAGAAGCAGGCGCUGACUCGUCUCGAUACUAGGGAGACGCAAUGUGACCCUAAUCCACCGCCUUGCUGCUGCAUGAAACCAAAGAAGAAGAAAAAGUAAACUUUAACUGAUGUGGUUUAUUUCAAUUUUGUUACUUCUCAAUGGUAAAAUAAAUGCCAUGGCUGUCUGUAAUAAAUUUAUAAUAAAUAUCAAA